GUAACCCUUUCAAAUGCACUGCAUCUACCGUAAUAACCAAUCAAAAAAUAUCUGGAUUAUUUCGAGUUCUCUGAUUGGUGUUUUUAAAUAACAUGGUCGACUGACUCCAGUUUCUGAAAGUUCUUUCUGAAAGAUGUCACGUUGGAUUUUUAAUAAUAUAUUAUUUUACAUUUCGUUUAUUAAUGUAUUCAUAUUUUAUUAUGCGGAUACUAGUCUUGCAGCAGAACAAAAAAAUGUCCUUCUACUUUUGGCUGACGAUGCUGGUUUUGAAAUGAGAUCUUACUUAAAUAAAAUUUGCCAAUCACCUAACUUAGAUUUAUUAGCAAAAGAAAGUUUGUUAUUUAAUAAUGCAUAUACUUCAGUUAGCAGCUGUUCUCCUAGUCGUGCUGCACUAUUAACUGGCUUACCAAGUCAUGAAAAUGGAAUGUAUGGAUUACAUAAUGGUAUUCAUCAUUUUAAUUCAUUUAAUAAUAUUCAAAGUUUGCCAAAAAUAUUGCAGAAAAAUCAUAUUAGAACAGGUAUAAUUGGUAAAAAACACGUAGGUCCAGAUAAAAUAUUUUCAUUUGACUUCUCGCAUACUGAAGAAAAUAAUAAUAUACUACAAGUAGGACGAAAUAUCACUAAAAUAAAACUUUUAACCAGGGAGUUUCUUUCCCAGAAUAAAACACAACCAUUCUUUUUAUAUAUUGCUUUUCAUGACCCACAUCGAUGUGGUCACACACAUCCACAAUAUGGCAAUUUCUGUGAAAAGUUUGGUAACGGAGAUGUUGGAAUGGGUACAAUUCCUGAUUGGCAUCCGAUAUAUUAUCAAUGGGAUCAAGUAAAAGUACCAUAUUUUGUUCAAGAUACUGAAGCUGCUAGAAGAGAUAUUGCUGCGCAAUACACUACGAUUUCUCGCUUAGAUCAGGGCAUAGGUUUGGUUUUGAAAGAGCUCGAAGAUGCAGGCUAUAAAGAUAAUACUUUAAUAAUUUAUACGUCUGAUAAUGGGAUUCCAUUUCCAAAUGGUCGUACUAAUUUAUAUGAUUCUGGUAUAGCAGAACCUAUGAUGAUUUCAUCACCAAUACAUAAAGAAAGAAGAAAUCAAGUAACGUAUGCUAUGACAUCUCUAUUGGACAUAGUACCCACUUUGUUAGACUGGUAUAAUAUAUCUUAUGAAAAUGCAUUGGAUAAAAAUGAAGUUAAUCUACCAAAUCUUACAGGCAGAUCUCUUCUUUCACUUCUUAUAAAAGAGCCACAGGAAGAGAGAUCAAUUUUUGCUAGUCAAACGCAUCAUGAAGUUACUAUGUAUUAUCCUAUGCGUGUAGUUAGGACCAAGCGCUAUAAAUUAAUACAUAAUUUGAAUUAUAAGAUGCCUUUUCCAAUUGAUCAAGAUUUAUAUUUAUCUCCAACUUUUCAGGAUGUUCUAAAUAGAACGAGUAAGAAACAACCUCUUCCAUGGUAUAAAACAUUAAAGUCAUAUUAUCAAAGACCAGAAUGGGAACUGUACGAUUUAAAAUAUGAUCCUGAAGAAAGGAACAAUGUAUUUUUCAAAUCUUCGAUGAAGAAUAUAGUGAUCAAUUUACAAAAACAAUUGCUUGAUUGGCAAAAAGCUACCAGUGAUCCAUGGGUAUGUUAUCCCCAUGGAGUAUUAGAAAAUACCGGUGAUUAUAUAAACAAUCCGCAGUGUAUGCCUUUAUAUAAUAUAGAUUAGGAAAUAUGAUCUUUUUU